UGCUAAUCAAACACGGCAUACUCUCCUCUCUGACACCUUUUAUUGGCGGGAAAAAGAGGAAAAAUCAGGCAGGGAGAAAUGAGUUCGUCGGCGGUGGAGGCGGAGGCUCCUGACUUAGUUUGCGAGCUGGAUAAUGUCCAAGGAAUCGUCGACGCACUUACCUCCGUCCGCUGGAAACGGCACCAAGACGCCGUCGUAGAAUUAUCGGAACACGGCAUAGUGAUAAUCGUCGAGGAAAUCAGUUGUCUUCAGGCCAAAGUUUAUUUACAACGUGAGCUAUUUGUUAGAUAUGAAUAUGGGGCGCAAGGGAGGCCACGAUUUGGGGUGAGCUUAGGGCUAUUUGUGGAUUGUCUCAAAAUAUUUUCAGUUCCAGGGCGCUCAAACAUCCUUGAAAUCCAGUAUCCUGGGCCUGACAUGCAACUUCUUCUCAAAUCUCUUGAUUCAGUGGAUGCUUGCCUUUAUGCUGAGGUUAGUACAAGAAUUCCGGAGACGGUCUCAUGGGACUACAGCUUUGAACCUGCUGGAAGCAUUCCACUCAGUUUCACGGUUAAAUCUGCAGCUCUGAAGGAAGCUAUAGAUGAUCUUGAGUGGCCUGGCUCAAGCAUACAGAUAAGUUUACAACCAGAUCCCCCAUCUGUCACCUUGAGGGGUGAAGGCCAUGGAGACCUGCAGAUCGACUUCAGUUACUAUGCUAAUUCAGAUCUUUUGACUGCAUUUAGCUGUGAUCGGCAAAUAUCUCACAGCUACAAGUAUAAAUUCCUCCGGGCAACAACUUCAAACAUCCCAGGUAGUGUUAUCAAAGACAAUCGAGGAAGCAAGUUAACUAUUGGGAGAGGUGGAAUGCUCAAAGUUCAGCACCUUGUUUCAGUUUCCAAACCAUCCGUACCGCAUACCCAUGUUGAUUCAGCUGGAUAUCAGCAACCCAGCCGUAUUGCUUAUAUCGAGUUUUUUGUCAAGCCAGAGGUAGAAGAUGAUACUGGAAACGAUUCAUAGGAUUCCUUGUGUGCAUAUUAUAUCGAGUUGAAUUGUUUUAUAAUGAAGAUUAAGCUGUUUUGCAUCUUCCCUUUAUCAGUUCAUCUGUAUACAUUAUGCUGGCCAAUUAUUUCGUGUAGCACUUGCAUUCUUCCUCUUAUCCUAUUUGCUCGUGCAGAGUAAUUAUUUUAUUCUGAUCUAUUAAACUUAAUGUAGCUUUAGAAUAUUGAAGCCCAUGAAGAACAAAACAUCAAUGGAUGAGAUGUCUGUACGAGAUUGAGA